AUGGCAACCGCUUCAGCUUUUUCUUAUGCGCAGGCCGCCAAGGGCCAGGGCACCGUGCCAUCAAAUGCCUUGCCUGGGCAGCCCGUCCAGGACUCCCAGCCACCCGCAGCCGCGCCCAAGUCUACCGCGGACGCCGAACAUGCGACCGAAUCCAAUGGUGCCGUCCAAAGCGCCGACUCUUCCGCCAACACGGAGAAGCAGGAUGCUGUCAGCAACACUGGUUCUGAGGUUGAGGCCCGAUCAGAGGAGGUCCAGGAGACGCGCCGCGAGCCCCCACGGGAUGACGAGUCUGGCAGAUUAGAUCGCCCCUGGCGACGAGGCGACAAAGGCACGAGGUCUUCGAGUACGACCACGCGAUCGGUCGACGAACAAGAUGCCAGAAGGCCGCGGAAGUCUAAGAAGUCAAAGGCUGCAGAAAAGCAAGCCAACGAGCAAUCAGCAACGGACAAGGACCAGGAGUCUGAAAAAGAGGUUCCCAAGGUCGAACUGUUUGAGGCACCCAUCCCAUCCGUCAAUAUCUGGCGGCAGCGAGCGGAAGCUCAGGCAAAGGUCAAGCCGUCUCCAGUUGGCUCUGCAGAGCAGACAACCAAUGGCUCACCGAAGCCUGACGUGUCCUCCAAGGUGGCUGAGAACGGUGUUCCAGCUGCUACCCAGCGUGAUAGCAUACCAAAUGGCGUCAAGCCCCCUCGCAAAGCGGUCGAUGCCUCUCGAUCCGAGAGAAAUGCCAGCCGUGGUUCAAGAGUAGCGGACAAAGACGCUGGCAGUGUGCCCCCUUCAGUCGCCGAUACCACGGCCUGGCCCACCCCGGAGACGGCCAUCCAAGAAGAGAAGAAGAAGCCCGCAGAGAAGUCUGAUCGUCCCGAGAAGGAUGCCUCAGAGGACGGAUCCCAGUUGAAGCCGAGACAAAAGGGAAAAUGGGUGACUAUGGAUUACGUGCCGAGCGUCAACUUUGAAACGCAGCUUCCUCAGAUGCGCAACUCUAAGCCUCGAGGUGGAGCCAGAAACACAAAUGGCUCAAGGGCUACACCAUCCCACGCCAGUGACAAAGGCACCGCUCCCGUCGCCAGCCAGGGCAAGCCCAGUGAGAACACCGGCAGCGGUAACAGCAACGGCAGCAGCAAGGAUCGCCCUCGGGAUGGUGCCAACGGCCCGAACCGCGGUGCGCCAGCGCCCCAAACUAAGCGUUCAUCGACAGAUAUGUCAAACGCACGUGAACAAAGGAAAGCAGCGAACCACGCUGGCGGCGAGAAGAACAAGGAUGCUACAUCAAAUUCGAAUGUAAGUGAUUUCUCGAUCAAUACAAUUGCAGCUGAGAAGGGGGUGGUGGAAGGGGGGACACUCCCAUACCAACCUCACCGCCAAUUUUUUUUUUGGAAUGAUGUGCUAACACUCUUGUUCAAGGAGCAGGGCCAUGCUGUCCGUGAGCGAACGGAGAACCGCAAUGACAGACCACGAGGUGCAUACCGCGGCCGUGGCGGACAUCAUCCUGUCAACACCCAGCAUCAGCACCAACAUACCGCAUCCAGCUUCUCUGCAUCGGGCGCCAUGGGCGGACGAGCCCAAGGCCCCUACAGCCCACCACUCAGGCAGGGUGGCCAUGGUCAGAUGUUCAUACCAUCUCAAAGGGGUGGCAGAGGCGGCCGCAACAACGGCGGAAACUUCCACCGGAUGUCUCUGCCCAAUGGAUCAGCACGCAUUCCUCAGGUUCAAACUCAGUUUGGGCCCUACGAGUAUCCCAUAGCGCCGAUGGCGGCAAUGCCCUUCCAGCCUCAGCCCUACUGGGACAACAUGUUGGUGCCAGUACUGAAGAGCCAGGUUGAGUACUACUUCUCCAUCGAGAACUUGUGCAAGGACGUCUAUCUCCGCGCACGGAUGGACUCGCAGGGUUUCGUGCCCUUGCACUUCAUUGCCUCCUUUAAGCGUGUGCGAGAGCUGUCUGCCGAUAUCGCCAUGGUCCGUGCUGUUUGUGAGAUCUCCACCGAACUCGAUCUCGCUGUUGGUGAAGAUGACAUUGAACGCGUGCGACGAAGUCAGGCAUGGGAAAGCUUCGUGUUGCCUCUUGAGGACCGGGAUGAGUUUGCUCGAAACCACGGACCCGCCCACCUCACUUUCAAGAACCGACCAUCGCAAAUGCCACCACAGUUUAACGGAAUGCCUGUACCGUACGGCAUGGCAUCGCCCCCUGCGUAUGCAGCCCACGCCGAGGCCCCGUUCCAGCAACUGCCCGAUGAUGUUCUCAUUGGCCAGGGAGUCAACGGUCUAGCAAACGGCCAUGUCAAUGGCGUCAGUCAGCUGUCGGCGGAUGUGCCCGAUUUUGCUCCCUCGGGUGCUCUCGACGGCUUUGCCAAGACUAACGGCCCAGUUGCCGUGAAUGGGCAUGCUGAGAAGCCCCUUGACAGCACGUUGCCUAACGGAGUACACAACGAGCAACCAGUGUAG